AGGCCGCUAGGCGCGUCUCUGCUCCAUGAAAGCUGCCGAGAGAGACUUGGGGCUGGAGGAGAGGAGGAGGAGGGGGGGGGAAGGAGAGGAGAGGAGGAGAGAGCAGAGCAGAGCGAGAGGACGGUGUUUUAUCAGCCAAGUACAGCCUGAAUCGUGAGGAGCGGACGAUGGGGGGAAAAAUCCCACUCUUGUUUCUUUUUCUCCAACAUUGCCGUCGUUAACAUGUAGACCGGUGCGCGUCUAAAGACCCGGAGAUAAUGGCUCUUUUCUGUGUAGGAGAAUAUAAUUUUUAUCAUAGUUGUGAAUAAAAAAUAUUUUGGAUCAAUAGCGGACUUGUUUUGGACUGAAAAGGUUUCCUUAAUUUGUUUCCGCGCGUGUGUAAAUGUUGGACCGCAUUUAACCAGAGUUUCAACCUUUUGGAAUGAAAAGUGCGCCAAUCAGAUUUCCCAGGUUUAUUUCCAUCGCAUGAGCGCCAGGAUUUUUGGGGGCUAUGUGGAUUUUGGAAGGAAUGCACCUUAUUCUAACGGGACGAAACGCACAGAGGAAUAUUAUCUGAGGUGGAAAAAAAAAAGCAGCGAAUGGGAUCCUUCCUUACCGGGGACAGACAUUGAACUGGACAGAAACACUCCAAGUAAAGACAUAACAACCACCACACAGCUACUCUUCCUCUGCUAUACAUGGCGGUCUGCUCACCUCAAAAUGAUGGGAACCCUCAUCACUGACUGACUUGUUUACUUGCUUAGGAGUAGCACCUACAGAUGACAUCUUUAAUGUUUUCUUCUUUACUGCAGAGGUUGUUGACAGGGCGUUAUUGAGGAAUAUUUUCCUUGCUGUGAGGAAUACUACUCAGAUUUCUUUUCACUGAGCUGGAAGAAACCGAUGGCUACAACAUUUCCACUGGAUGGCUUUCACUACCUGGAUUUUAAAAAGGAUUGUUAGCAACCACGACCCUCAUCUGCUCCGGAGUUACCUACUUGUUUAUGCCUUUGUGUGAAUAUGACUUUAGUAUAAUUGCGUGUGUUUGCAUCAAAUGGCGUAAGUGAGAGCUAGAAACAAGGAAUUUUUACUCAGAAAGGACAAAAGAGGACACAGUAAAAGAGUUGAAAAACAAGGAGUAGCAGCUAUGUCCCAGUGGAUGCACCAUUUGAGGACUGGGUGUCAGCUAUUUCAGACUGCGAAGGUAGGGAGCAGGAUGAUGGGAUACAUAGGGCUUGAGGGUUCCUUAAGUGCCAGUCGGUGGGUGUCCUCUUUGAUAUGGCUGGGACUGCUGCUGCUGCAGGCAUCUCCAGCUGCCGUGUUGGCUCAGAAACUUGAUGAGAAUGACCCCGUGGUCAUCACCACCAAUGGCAAACUGCGUGGUGUUAAGAAAGAGCUCAACAAUGAGAUCCUGGGUCCUGUUGUACAGUUUCUGGGCGUCCCGUAUGCCUCUCCACCCACUGGUGAACGCCGCUUUCAGCCACCUGAGCCACCAGCAUCGUGGCCUGAGAUCCGCAACGCCACACACUUUGCCCCAGUGUGCCCUCAAAGCAUCGUGGAGGGCCGCCUACCGGAUGUGAUGCUGCCAGUGUGGUUCACCAACAGCAUUGAUGUAGUGUCCACAUAUGUCCAGGACCAGAGCGAAGACUGCCUCUAUCUUAACAUCUACGUCCCUACUGAGGAUGUCAAAAGAAUAUCCAAGGAAUGUGCCAGGAAACCGGGCAAGAAAAUAUGUAGACAAGGAGGUCCCCUUACAAAGAAACACACUGAUGAUUUAGGUGAUAGUGACCGCACGGACGACGAAGACAUUAGGGAGAGUGGAAGCCCUAAGCCGGUGAUGGUUUUCAUCCAUGGGGGCUCCUACAUGGAAGGAACUGGAAAUAUGUUUGAUGGCAGCAUCCUGGCCAGCUAUGGGAAUGUGAUUGUCAUAACUGUUAACUACCGGCUGGGCGUCCUAGGGUUCCUGAGUACAGGUGACCAGGCAGCCAAAGGGAAUUACGGUUUGUUGGACCAGAUCCAGGCUCUGCGUUGGACCAGUGAGAACAUUGCGGCCUUUGGCGGUGACCCAUUACGUAUCACUGUGUUUGGCUCAGGCGCUGGAGCUUCCUGCGUCAACCUGCUCACACUGUCUCACUACUCUGAGGGCAACCGAUGGAGCAACUCCACAAAAGGUCUGUUCCAGAGGGCCAUCGCCCAGAGUGGCACAGCUCUGUCCAGCUGGGCUGUCAGUUUCCAGCCAGCUAAGUAUGCUCGAAUGCUGGCCCGCAAAGUGGGCUGUAACCUUGAGGACACUGUAGAGCUUGUGUUGUGCCUGCAGAGAAAACAUUAUAAGGAGCUGGUAGAUCAAGACAUCCAGCCAGCCCGCUACCACAUUGCCUUUGGACCUGUUAUUGACGGAGAUGUUAUACCUGAUGACCCUCAGAUACUCAUGGAGCAAGGUGAGUUCCUCAACUACGAUAUUAUGCUGGGAGUGAAUCAGGGUGAGGGCCUUAAGUUUGUGGAGCUUAUCGUGGACAACGAAAAUGGUGUCCAGGCUAAUGACUUUGACUACGCCGUGUCCAGCUUUGUGGAUGAUCUCUAUGGCUACCCAGAGGGUAAAGACAUCCUCAGAGAAACCAUCAAAUUUAUGUACACCGACUGGGCUGAUAGGCACAACCCAGAGACUCGGCGGAAGACAUUGCUUGCCCUUUUCACCGAUCAUCAGUGGGUGGCACCAGCUGUUGCCACAGCUGACCUGCACUCCAGCUUUGGAUCACCUACGUACUUCUAUGCCUUUUACCACCACUGUCAGACCGAACAGGUACCACCGUGGGCAGACGCAGCACACGGAGAUGAAAUCCCAUAUGUGUUCGGCCUACCAAUGAUUGGACCAACAGAGCUGUUUCCUUGCAACUUCUCCAAGAACGAUGUGAUGCUCAGUGCCGUAGUCAUGACCUACUGGACAAACUUUGCCAAGACAGGGGACCCAAACCAGCCUGUCCCUCAGGACACAAAGUUCAUCCACACCAAACCCAAUCGCUUUGAAGAAGUGGCAUGGACACGCUACAACCAGAAAGAUCAGCUUUACCUGCACAUUGGUCUGAAGCCUCGGGUCAAAGAGCAUUACCGUGCUAACAAGGUCAACUUGUGGCUGGAGCUGGUUCCUCAUCUUCACAGCCUCAACGAGGUCACUCAGCUCAUUCCCACCACCACCAAGAUCCCUCCCCCAGAGGCUACCAACCGUACCCCGAAGACCAAGGUUCUGGUAACCAAACGUCCUAACCCAACUCCGUUCCCCACUGAGACCCAGGACAGCCACAACCAGCCACAUCUAGUAGACCAGCGUGACUACUCCACGGAACUGUCAGUAACCAUCGCUGUGGGAGCCUCCCUUCUCUUCCUUAACAUUUUGGCCUUUGCCGCGCUUUACUACAAGAAGGACAAGCGUCGGCACGAUGUUCAUAGGCGCUGCAGCCCCCAGCGGAGUGCCGCCAACGACCUAGCCCACACUCAGGAGGAGGAGAUCAUGUCCCUGCAGAUGAAGCAGCACUCAGACCUGGACCGGGACUGCAGAGGGGUGGGUGACUCCCUGCACCCGCAUGAUGUGGUGCUGAGGACUGCCUGCCCACCGGACUACACACUGGCCAUGAGGCGCUCGCCGGAUGACAUCCCGCUCAUGACACCAAACACCAUAACCAUGAUCCCCAGCACCAUGGGGGGGCUCACCUCUCUCCACUCUUUCAACACCUUCCCCAGCAGUGGGCAGAAUAACACCCUGCCACACCCACACUCACACUCCACCACCCGGGUAUAGCCCUGUGAAUGCACCAACGCAGGCAGGACUCUGAUGGCUAAAGCAAAAAGCUAAUGCCACUGCUGCAGCAGAGACUUAAGGCUGACAUGCUGACAAACACAGAUAUGUCAGGAGCUGAAACGCCAGCCUGGAGUUGCCAUACACCCGUGGAAUUACACUGGGAUUUUACGACACCCUGUUAAUACCUGAGGGAAUAUAGUCAAGGGAUUUCUGGGGGGUUGGACCAGAGGAAAAAAAAAAAUAUAUAAUUAUGUUUUUGUAGAAAAAUAAAAGACAAGAAGAAAAAAAAGUACAAAUAAGGAGUUGAAGAAAAACAACCUCACAAGCUAAAACAAAGAGGAGGAUGUUUUUUUAUUAUUAUUUUUGUUCUGAUAUUGCAGCAAAACAAGGUACAGUAAACUACUUUUUCUUUCUAGCGACAGAUAUGGCCUUCGGGAUCUUUUGACAAAUGACUGCUUGACAGUAUUAUCUGGAAGCAGAACAGAGCAUCAGACACGCCUCGAAGGUGAGAAGAGGGAAGCACUUUGUAAAAGAAGGAAAACAUAUUGUUUUCCUUUGGCAUCACACUGCAGAUUACUCUGUUUGUGGGGCACAGAGUAGAUGCCGCACAAACCAAUUUAGGCAUGUGUUAACUUCAUAAAUGGAGGCUAUGUAAGAUAAGGCAAAAACAAUUGUUGAAAAGAACGAAGGAAGGACUGAAAAUAUCAAGGAAAAAAGAAACCCUGUAUGCACAAUGGAAUCACUUUGAGGAAAAAAAAAUGUCACAGAUACUUUUCAUCCAUUUAUUUUUGCGGAUUGGGAACAACUUUAUUGUAUAGAACCUAUUUACAUAUCUAGAUCUGUACACUAAGCACCAAGGCUGUUUCAGCCCUCUUCUCUUGGAGGGCACCUAUACUGCAAACCUGCCAGCAGGACAGACCCAGUGGGAAGAGGGGAUCCACCUACUGGCUUUCUGGCAGUUCCAACUUCAACGCUGAGAGCUGAGGGACAAAGGAUAAUUGGAUAUUUUAGCACGAUGCGCAUGACAAUUUAUCUGCUUGAUGGCUGCUCUGCUGAUUAUGUCAUUAUUAAGAAUAAUUUUCACCCUCUCCCUUGCAUUGGAGUAAUUUCAGACAGAUUUCCUGAUUGGAUUACAGGAAAACACACACCCUCACAGGACCAUGGGAAAUGCAGCUCCAGGUUUUGGAUCUUGUGGGCUUGAGUUGGGGACAGGAAGGGGAGGGGCUUGAUAUAUGGUAAAACUUUCUUGCAUAACAUAAUAUAGCUUGAGUGGAGUUGGGCAUAUAAGGACUAGUUUUGUACUCUGUGUGUUGGUACUACUUUUUGAUAGUGUUCAAAUCACAUUACACUGUAUCAAUCAAACGCAUUGUACCUUCAGUUGAGAUCAGUGUUAUUUGCUAUUGUACCUAUUGGACCACUUUACCGUAUAGAAGUAAUUACAUGCACUGUUUAUUCCAUCACCCAUUUUUUUUCUUUUCUUUAACUGGGAGGUGUGCUGAUUGAGUGAUGCUGUGGAUGCCCAUUGGUGUGACAAAAAUGGAGGAUAAAAGUAGUGGAAAAUACGGUGGAGGAGUGAAUCUCUGGGCUACGUAGCUUUUCUUUUCCUUUAUCCAGUCAGGCUCUGUAGAGCUGUUUAAACAUGGAUGCCUGUACAUGACUAAUACAAGUCAGAGGCCAAGCACAGACAGAUCUCACUGGGUGGAUCUCUCUGGUAAUACGCAGAUACACAGCAGGUGAAUGAGAGAAAGAGCUACGGUCAGGAUAGGUCGAUUCUCGUGAUUCGCUUUUCAUGCAGUGUUCGUUAUCACCCUAGGUUGAUCAUUAUUGGAGGCACAUUGUGUUAUAAGAAGGAUGUAAACAGGCCUCUCAUAGCAGCAGUAACCCCUCUUUACCUCACUUUGAAGAGAUUUUUUUUUUUUUGUUUUUUGGAUCCCUUCUUUUUCUACUAGAGAUUCUCUACUGUCCUAUCUUUUACACUGAGGUGACAGGUUCGGCUGUUUAGCAAAAAGGUUUUCCCUCACAUCCACCCCACCGUCAGUUUACCGUUUCCAGCAAGGCAGGCUGCCAUUGCUAACAUCUUUGGGUCAGUGGAGCCUCGGGAGCUAACAAUGUUUACCACCGGAAUAGGAGCAUGUCAUAUAGCAAAGCAGACUGCAGUCAGAUCCAGUUGCCCAGGAGUCAUUGCGGGGUUAAAGUAGAUACUUUUAUAACAGACAGAGAAAAGAAUACCCUGGAUGGCAAGUCUAUUGUGCUUAAAUAUAGAAAUCUGUACACUGGCACAGUGAUGCUACUUGGUAAGCUGAAACGCUUGUCUCCCCAUUUCCCCUUCACUAAAGUGUAGAUGUGUCGAGGUCUCAGUUGUGAGAAUAUAUCCUUGCUCCUUUUGGCUCACUCACAAACACUGUGCAGUCAUUCAAAAUAAUGAAUGCAGACUACUAUUACCCCAUAUAAUACUGUGGCAGACAAGCUGGAUGGGGGGAUAAAAUCUAGUCUGUUAUAGGGACUGUUGCUUUUUGGGAUAAUAUUUAAUUUGAAUAGACUAAUUACAUCUGUUUGCUCCAGAUUGUUUCUCUGGAUGAAAUUAACCACCAGGGCUUGAUCUGGGAUUUAAACAAAAGAGAGAUUCCAAGGCUAUUAUUGCAUAUCAUCCUCAUGGACUUGGGACUUUUUUAAUACCCUUCUCUGUACAAACAAGCCAACAACAUAAAAAAAAAAGUAUGAAUUUAAGAAUCUGGUGACAAUCCAUUCUGUAGGUCUGUUGACAUUGUAUCAAUGGGCCAUUAGCUUCCUGGCUCAAGCACUCAGCUUGCAAGUUUCUGAUCAGCAAUACACAUGCAAACAUAUGCAAAUGAAAACAUGUACGCAAACAUCCUCACAGACAGCCAUGUGCCAAAUAAUUAGGCCUGGGCUUUCCAAGUGUUUCUUUACUCAAGAUACUGUAUAUAGAUGAACACCCUGAUUGCCUGCACUUGGACUCAAGAUUCAUUAGGCCCAAAUAAAAAGCAACACGACCUUGUUUUUGUAACCCAGGUUAAUGUCUGGAAUACAUUUCACAUGAUGUGGAGGGGAACCUUGGAAGAAAAUUAAACACUGUUGUUGGCUGGGUAACUUACUGAAUUGUUGAGAACAUUUUGCUGUAAGCAAAAUUCUUACCAUGCAAGACAAGAAAUUCUUAAUAGUCAGACCUGAGGAAUAAUGCAGCAUCUGAGAUGCUACUCUCGAAUGUGACAACAAAACAACUAGCGUGUCAUUAUUUGCACAGCUGCAAAUGCAAAGCAAAAGAAGAAUUAUAUGUUACUUCAGUGUAACAUUGUGUAGUCUGAUUCCAGCAUUAGACUAUGGUCUUUUGGAGCUACAACCUUCCUGCUUUCCAUCACAUUCACGGGGAAGCAUUUCACAUGGAUUCAUGUUAAGUCCAUUUAACUAAACACCAUCCUGGGUCACAAAUACCUGCAUUUUUGUUAUAUAACACUUCAAGGCACCCAUUAACCUUUUUACUUUUUUUUCAAGGAUUUGCAAAACUACAGUAGUUUUACAGUAGCUUUUGAAAGCUUUUAAGGUCUUGUCAGCCUACACCAUGUAAGUAUGUACCAUAAUUAUACUAAAGGCAGCUGGAUCUACGUUGUUAAAUCAGUAACAUGCUGCUGAUAAAAAAAAGUACCUGUAUCCAUGAAAAUAUCAGAGGGAUUGGGAUAGUACAUUAGUGAGCACCCACCCAGUUCAAGCACUGCUCUCCAGAUAAGUGACAUAGGGGCAAAGCAAGGGCCACCCAUUGAAUUAAACAUGUAAUUGCAGCGAUGGGUAAAUAGUCAAGCAAUUGCUGAGCCAUGCUAAGUAGCUGACAGCUGAGGAUGAAUGCUAAUUAAUAACUUGCCAUAACAAUUGUCUGAUUAAUGAUAGGUGAUAAAUGCAAGCCAACUGUAGCGUGAGGUAAGUGAGAGAAGUGCUGGACAGCGUCUGACAUAUCUGAAAUUAAAAAUGGAAAUUGCUAGAAGCUGUAGUGAAGUUAAUGUAUGGUGGCAAAUGCUAACAAGAUUUAGUAUGUGUGGUGACUACACACAAAUAGAACAGUCUUAGUUUUCUCAUACAGAACAAGCAGUCCUGCUGGAUUGCUCGAGGAUGUAAAAUUGCACGGACAGACUUAAAAGUUGUUAGAGAGGAGGUGCUGCAAUGACUCAUGAAUCAGGGUUAUAUAAGUGAGGAAAUGCAUUAAAUAUCUUGAACAUGCUCAACAACUGACAGAGGAGAACCAUGGUAACAGAGACAAACUGAAACAAAAUCGUUAGUGAGAAGCAGCAACAUUUGAAAGUAAAAACAUAGAAUGACCUUCAGACCCCUGCAAAGUGCUGGUUGUACAGAUUAAGAGCGCUAAUGACAGCAUAACUUAUAUCACUGAAAAAAUACAUGAGCAGACCAGAAAAAAAGAAGGAAUGUUAGAAGAUUGAUUAAUCUUGAGCUAGCUGCACAAAUUGAGAGUUAGCUACAGUAGAUCUUAGCAUGAUAGAUUGGAGCGCCAGCUAGCCACGGCAUCCCUGGUGAUUGAGAAGAUGUGUAAUUUAAAAUACACAGCAGUAGGAGCAAGACUGGGUGGAAACCACUCACUGACCACAGAGAGAGGAUCCAGCUCCUUUUAAUAAGACUGAAGCACUUGCUAGCCAUUACUAUUGGCUGAGUGAUAGAAAGCAUGCUAGUUGAUUAACUGCAUAACAGGCUACUGGGGUCAUAACACUGCCCCACUCAACACACUCACAGAAAUACAUAUAGUGGGUGUUCAUUUGAACCUCUUAACAGCCACAGAAUAAAGCAUGGACAAACAAGGUGUCUGAUAUUUACACAUUUCAAGUGAUAUAGUUAGCUCUGUGGCAGCCAUGUUGGGGGACAUCUGCGUUUCAAAGGAAGCUUAUUUCAUUUAUCUAUAGAUGACACAACCCUGAAUAACAGAGGUGAAAAAAAUAAUGACCUUUUUUUGUAGGAAUGGACUUUUUCAUCAUUAACACUUGCUAGUUUUGUAUUAACAAGUUAUAGGGUAAAUGUUAUUUUCCUGUCAGCAAGCUUGGUGUCUUUUGGUGACACAUAUUUACAUGUGUGACUAUCAGUUGGAUUUUGAGGGUACCCUGUGAAGUUUUCAUUAUUUGGUUUAUUCAGUGUUUCCUACUAAGUAUUCAUCAUUGUGACCUAAAAACAUAUUAAAUGCAUUUCCUACCUCAUAAACAUUUGCAAAGCCUUUUUGUGAAUGUUUGGAAACUUGCAUUGUUUUCUUAAGUUUUCUAUAUUAUUUUUCUUCUUCUCUAUAAGUGUUUGAAUUGCUCUUUCUUAAUGUCCAUUACUAUCAGCAAGUGUCAGUAUGCAUUGCCGUCCCCUGCAGUUGUUAGAAAUGUAGGUAAUGUCACUCCCACACUCCUAACAUUUAUAUGCAUUUGUGUGUGCUGGUGGUGCACAAGGUAUCUACAAUAUUGGGAGUUUCUCAUCUAAACACUGAUCAGCAGCACCACUAGUUUUCAAAUACCCCACAUGGUACCUUUUUGAUGGUAAACCUUUUGAUGGCAUCUUGGAAAAACCUCAGCUAAGACUUAAUUUACAACAUGUACUUUUGAGUAAGGGCUAGGACUUAACAGACUUGAGCUAACAACAGUUUACUGUAAAUUAUGACCGAAAUCUUCCUCAUCAUUUUUUUUUUUUUUAGAUUUGGUGGGUUGAUAAAUUUUAAGUGGCACUGCAGAAACUUUGUUUUCUCAUACUUUUUAUUCAAUUAGCUUACAACUAAGUGUUGGUUUUAUGAAAUGAGACUAUAAAAAAAUUGUAUCAUUGUUAUUAUUGGCAGUAGCAAAAUAUACUGCUCAUACAUCAUAGAUGAAAUGAUGAAAUUAUUUAUUUAUUUAUUUAUUUUUACUGAUACAUACGUAUCAAUUUAUUUUUUGGUCACCACAAACGGGUCUUUAAUGUAUGACAUAGCUGAUCUGUUAUGAUUAAAGUACUUUAAACCCUGGCCAGCUCACUACUUCAUGAAAUCUAAAAAAAAGUCCUUACAUGACAACAAUAAAAUAACAGAGGUUAUACUGUAAUCUCUCCCAAAUGUCUGAAUCUUUAAUUAAAACUAAACUUGUUUAAACUGAAACUGUACAUUGAACAAUGAACUGGGAAAUAAGCCAAAUGGUUUUAGGCUUCAGUGUUUCCCAAGACUAUAUUCUUGACUAAAUAGAACACUUGGAUUAGCACUUACACCAUCACGGGACACAUUUCUCCAGACAAAUUCUCCACUGAAACCCAGCCUGCUGAAAUUCUUUUAACAGCUCUUUUUAAAGGCAAGGCGACUCACCCACCUGCCCUGUGAUAAAGGAAACAUUAGGCCUUUAAACUAAGAACUAAUAAUAGUAAAACAUGACAGGACAGUUAAACAAGCAAAUAAAAUAUGAAAAGAAGCUAAACUUUAAUUGCAGCUUUUAUAAUGUUUAUACGCUGUGGCAAUUUUAACAGGGAACAUUAUGAUUUUUUUUCCUUUUGUUUAAGUUCACUGGAGAAUAAAAACAUGAUCAUACAGCAUGCAUGAGUAGGAGUGUGUUUCUUUGCGUGUUUGGCAAAAGACUCACAUGUUGUCAUUUUUCAGUUCAAAUUACUCCAUUAUCAGUAACUAAGGCUUUUCAAUGUGCCUAAUUUCUCUCUCUGCGUUAAAAUUUUGAAUAUUCUGUUUAUUUUUGUGUCAUGUGACACCUGGCUUGUCCUGAAUAAGACUUGAAUUUGGAUUUAUUUAUGUAAGAUAAUAGUCUGAUAACACCCCACAGCUGAGAAUGACUCCCAUCCAGUGUCAGCCCGCCUUUAAAACCAUGGGUCCAUCAUUCAAAGAGGGGAAAUCUGAAACAAUCCAGGUAGCAUUUCUUCAGUCAUUUCUGUUGAAUCCCAACACCACUAUGUUCUAAUGAGCCAGUAUAGCAGGGUGAGUGUGAAUCCACACAGUUUGGGACUGAAGAUACUUAAGAAACCCUGUUCUAGGGGGACACUUCACUUUUGUUCCAGUGUAAAUCUGCCCUGACUGUGCUUGACAGUCAGCCUGUGCUGUAGUGUGCAGGACAGACAGGGAGGGGAGGAACGAGCACUGCGAAUGAAUGUAACGCACCGUGCCAUUUUCUAACCUCAAAUCGCAGCAGAAAUGACAACAGCCAAACCUCAGAUUCAUCCUGAGAGGUUUUUGCUAGCAGACAGAAAACUAAAUGUGGAUUUGUUCUUUGAAUGCCAUUGGGGGGGGGGCACUAUGUGAGCUGGUCUGGCAUUUGUAAUGUAGAUUAUUUGUCACUUGUCUUUCUUUCUGGUUAAAUAGUAAUUACUCUUCUGGAGCACAAUAAAUGAUUUUAAUAUG